AAUAUGAUAUUGUUUACGUAUUAUUAGUAUAGUCUAUGUUUUUACUAUGUUUUUAAUAAACUGACUUGGUGAAAAUAUUUUUUAUUAAUAAUAAACAAAUUAAAAAUAUUUUUAUAACACAAAAUAACUACAUUACAUAUAAAUUAUGAGCCAUAACUGGGACUAUAUGGACAAUGAUGUGACGCAAAUGAUAACAUGUCAUCCCAAUUAUAAGGACCCCUUUGUGAGGGCCCAUAGCUUUAUAUUGAGAGGUGACGGUCCGCUUUCGUAUCCGACCCGUCAAUAUAUAGCAAUUAUGGCAUCGGCUCGACAUCAGUGCACAUAUUUGGUGAAUAUGUCUCGCAAUGAGUUUAUAUCAUCGGGUGGUGAUCCCCAAUGGCUUCAAGGCUUGGAUCACAUUCCGCAAAAACUUAAAGAUCUGAACCAAAUCAACAAAUUGUUGGCACACCAGCCAUGGCUUAUAAGCCGAUCACAUAUUGAGAAGUUGACAAAAGGGUCUGAUUCGUGGUCAUUGUCUGAGUUGGUUCACGCCAUCGUAAUCCUGUCCCACUUCCACGCGCUCUCCAGCUUUGUCUUUGGUUGUAAUAUCGGUGCUGACAGUGGAGACAAUAAAGAAAAUGGUCACACAAAUAAUCACCCGGUGGUAGUCAACAACACGACCAACACAAAUAAGCCGCCCUCACCAUCCAGUCUCGGGGGUUCUCCCACUACCGGACCAGAAGUCGAGGCAUUGAUGAAGACAUUGCAGACUAUUAAUGAACAGAAGAACGUCGUCGUUGCCGCCGCUGAGGACACGGCCUCACAGGAGGACCUGUUAAAGAAUUUUGAAAAAUUAGAGUAUGACAGCCAAGAGCAACAACACUCACCAUUAUUUGUCGCUAACAAUGCCGGCACCGGUGGAUCAGCACCUGUAGGCAAUAACCAAAUUACAAAUAGAAAUGGCACUAAUAGUAACGGCGCCAACAAUACUAGUAAUAAUAAUAAUAAUAAUAAUAACAGCAACAAUAGUAACGCUGUCGGAACUACUGUAGAGGCUAAUACAGUCUCGGCAUCGGGCGGUCAGGAGCAACAACAACAACAUGAGGACAAGUCAUUGAGUGAGUUAAACAAGUUUAUGGACGAUCCGCACUUCGGGUACGAGGACUUUGCUCGCCGUCGUGAGGCUGACUUUCCGACGUUUCGCGUUCAGGACUACUCGUGGGACGACCACGGCUUUAGUCUCGUCAACAGAUUGUACUCAGAUAUCGGCAAUUUGUUGGACGAAAAGUUCAAAGUUUGCUAUAAUCUCACUUAUUUCACUAUGGGAAACAAGACGAACAUCGAUACGACUCCUUUCCGAAGAGCCAUCUGGAACUACAUUCAGUCAAUGUAUGGCAUCAGACAUGACGACUAUGACUACAGAGAAGUCAAUCUAUUAGUCGAGCGAAACCUCAAGGCAUACAUAAAGUCGUUGUGUUGUUACCCGCAUCGGGUCCGCCAUAACAGGGAAUUCAAUAAAGUCAUGCGUGGUUUUAGGACUUCCGAAAAGAUUCAUGUAAAUCUAAUGGUAUUUGAAGCCCGACUUCAAGCGGAACUAUUGUACGCUUUGAGAGCUGUUAUGCGACACAUGACUUGAGUGGCCAAACAUUUACAACACAUACACAGCAGUCGUCACUACAAAUAACAACCCAACAAAACACACCAUACCUUUCCCAGUCAACAACAAUUAUAUGGAUGUUUCAAACAAACAAAAAACCGAUACGUAUAUCACAAAUAUACAUAUAUUUAAAAAUAUAUGAAAAAUCAAUAAAAGUUAUUAAAAACAAAUUUUAAAAAAUUAACAAAAAAUAGGAGAUUUCAAAUUGUGAUUUUUAAUUAUUUUUUUAUUUGUUUCGCUCUUUUUUAAAUAAAUAUAAUUUUUAAAAUAUUAGAGUAAACUAAUUUUUCAUCAGGAUAUCUAUGUUUAACGUUUAUUUACCCAUUAAAAGAUAAAAUAAAAGUAUAGAUUAUUUAUUAAAUAAUAAUAAUAUGAUGAAAUUAAAAUCAUGCGAAAAGGCCUAUAUCUUAGACAUUGAACUAAUUAUAUGAUUAUUACUAUUUUAUUAUUAUUAAUUAUUACUAU